AUGACGACCCCCUCGCUGGACUUUUUCAGCUUUCACAAUAUUAUCAACAAUGAAUUAACCUCCACGGCGACUACUCGCCAUGGUAUCAACCCCGCGAACUCUCAGCCAAACCCCGACGCUCCAGUCUCUUCUCAGGAGGACCUCGACCGGGCAGUCCAGGCUGCUCGUGUUGCUUUUAAAAAAUGGUCCAAGACUCCGAUUGCGGAGCGGCGCGCCGCAUUACACGCUUAUGCGAGUGCGAUCGAAGUCAAUGCAGAUGGGUUUGCCAAGACCCUCACAAUGGAGCAGGGAAAGCCCUUGGCCCAGUCUGCGACAGAGGUUGGCAUGGCCAGUACGUGGAUUCGUGGUAUCAGUGCACUUGUAAUCCCCCAGAAUGUCAUUGAAGAGACCGAGGACCGGAAGAUCAUUCAACGUUUUACUCCUAUGGGUGUUGUCGGUGCUAUUGUCCCAUGGAACUUCCCUGUGCUUCUGGCCAUUGGAAAGGUCGCUCAAGCUGUGUAUGCCGGUAACGCUGUCAUCAUCAAGCCCUCUCCCUUCACACCGUACUGUGAUCUUAAGCUAGCUGAGCUGGCUACUCAUUUCUUCCCGCCUGGUGUGGUCCAGUGUCUCAGUGGAGACGAUUCUCUGGGCCCGAUGAUUACGGAACACCCUGGUAUUGAUAAGAUCUCGUUCACUGGUUCGAUCUUGACAGGUAGACGGGUCAUGGCCAGCUGUGCCAAGACUCUCAAGCGAGUGACUCUUGAGCUGGGCGGAAAUGACCCUGCAAUUAUCUGUGAUGAUGUCGAUAUUGACGCAAUUAUUCCCAAGAUUGGUAUUCUUUCAUAUCUUUGCAGUUCCCAGAUCUGCAUGAUGAUCAAGCGUCUCUACGUCCAUGAAAAUAUCUAUGACGCAUUUCUGGAGAAGCUAGUUGCCUUUGUGAAGACACUCAAGGUCGGCGAGGGUACAGAAGCAGAUGUGUUUGUCGGCCCUGUGCAGAACAAGAUGCAAUUUGACAAGACAAAGGAGCUCUUCAACUCAAUCACCACCGAUAGACUCAAGAUCGCAUUAGGCGGUUCCAUUCAGGAUUCCGCUGGGUACUUUAUUCACCCAACAAUUAUUGAUAACCCACCGGAGAACUCCCGGAUUGUCCAGGAAGAGCCCUUCGCUCCUAUCUUGCCUGUCAUGAAGUGGUCAGAUGAGGACGAUGUCAUUGGGAAGGCAAAUGCCUUGGAGACAGGACUAGGUGCGUCAGUUUGGUCCAAGGACUUUGAGCGUGCUACCCGAAUUGCCGACCAAUUGGAAUCCGGUGUUGUCUGGGUCAACUCGCAUUUCGAUGUAGCUCCUAAUGCUCCUUUUGGUGGUCAUAAACAAAGCGGUAUGGGUGUUGAAUGGGGAGUCACCGGACUCUUGGGCUACUGUAACUCUCAAACUCAGUGGCUGAAGAAGUUCUGA